CUUCCUGCACGGUACAAUUGUUCGCUUCUAUCCGUCAGUACGAUGGUUAACAACACGUCCGAUACAAGCACACACACAUCCGCACGCAAUAAUACGCACACACAAUCAUACGCACACACGCCCUGCUACCCCUUCCCCCAUCUUCCUCCUCUUCCGUCAGACGUGUUUUACGGAAUGUUGUCAAGGGAAUGAACGGAAAAUCAGCGUUUGAGAUGUUGGGCUGUGUCGUGGUUCUGCUGGGAGCCAUCCUCAGUGCUGAAUGCUUUGCUAAAAAUGACCUCCAUGAGCGUCUGGCUCACGGCCGGCAGCUGAAGAUCUUCCUCCCUAAGACCUCAGAGCGACUGGAGUUCAUCCCUGCAGGCCAGUCUGUGGCCAGCGACGUCUAUUGGGAGAAGGGCCAGCACAGGCCGAAAAGAGGGAGUGUUUUUACGACGGGAAGUGACCGCCGCUGGACUCUGGAUAAGGUGACGUACGCGGACGAGGGAACGUACAUCCAGAAAGACUUCUGGCAAAAGGAGGUGUCCAGUGUUAAAGUAGCCGUAACACCAAGACACGUCUUUACGAAGUGUGUUGCUGGGGAGGAUCUCUCUGUGUCUCUGGAGGGCAUCGAGCUGAGUGACGCCACCCUCCGCUUCUCUGGAGAAAACAUCAACAUCACCCUGGUGCGGGAUGGGGCCCCGGUGGGGCUGGACCACCUGGACUACCACGACCGGGUGCGACCGCAGCACACCAGGAUUGACAUCCGGGAGGUGAACACCACCGACGUGGGUCACUACACCCUGUUGGACCGCCGGGACCGCGUGGUGUCCAUCGUACGCAUGGAACUCACGGACCACCAUGACUCCAGCGGGGGGAACCCCCUCCUGGCCCUCCUGCUGCUCAUGGGCAUCCCAGCUGGCAUCUGCUGCUGCUGCAGGAAGAAGAUCUUCAAGAAGAAAGCCACCUACACCUCCACCACACUACAGACGACCCCGGUGGGGCAGUACUCCCCUGCGGGAGGUCCAGCCGGCCCUCCCCCCUCCUAUCAACCUGGUCCUGGGGAGCCCACGGUGUUUUACCAUGGGCCCAAUACGGGUCCGGCGGUACAACCCCCUCCAGCUGGGGGACAGUGGAACGGCCCGCAGCCUUCUCCGGGCUCCUACCCCCCCGUGAACCCCAUGUACCCCCCUGUGGACCCGGGGUUCCCCCCCGCUGGCCCGUCCUACCCCCCCUCAGGCCCGGGGUACCCCCCCGCUGGCCCGGGGUACCCCCCCUCAGGCCCGGGGUACCCCCCUGCUGGCCCGGUGUACCCCCCUGCCCAGCCCACGCAGUGGAAUGUCCCGGCGCCUGGACCCUACCAGCCCGGCGCCGCUCCAAUGGGCUACGCUCCAGCGAUGUACUCCGCUCCACCGGGCGACGCCGCACUCUCUGCUCCCGCCAACGCCCCGCUGCUGGCUCCCCAGGUGGAGGCUCCAUCAGCACCAGUGCCUCCUAACCCCACCCAACCCGGCGACUCCACCUACAAGUUCGAGGUCGACACAGGAAAGAACAACUCCUCCAACUUCCUGUAACCCAGCGACCACCAGCUGGUGCACCACCUGGUCCCCCACCUGAUGCCCAGUGGUCCCACCCUGGUGCACCACCUGGUCCACCACCUGGUCCAACACAUGGUACUCCAACCUGGUCCCCCACCUGAUGCCCACUGGUCCCACCACCUGGUCCACCACCUGGUCCCCCACCUGGUCCACCACCUGGUCCACCACCUGGUCCACCACCUGGUCCACCACCUGGUCCCACCACCUGGUCCACCACCUGGUCCCACCACCUGGUCCCCCACCUGGUCCCCCACCUGGUCCACCACCUGGUCCACCACCUGGUCCACCACCUGGUCCCACCACCUGGUCCACCACCUGGUCCACCACCUGGUCCCACCACCUGGUCCACCACCUGGUCCACCACCUGGUCCCCUCAACUGGUACCCCCACCUUGUCCACUACCUUGUGCCCACUAGUCCAACCACCUAGUCCCCCACCUGGUACCCCUACCUGGUGCCCCCACCUAGUCCCCCACCUGGUACCCCUACCUGGUGCCCCCACCUAGUCCCCCACCUGGUACCCCUACCUGGUGCCCCCACCUAGUCCCCCACCUGGUACCCCUACCUGGUGCCCCCACCUAGUCCCCCACCUGGUACCCCUACCUGGUGCCCCCACCUAGUCCCCCACCUGGUACCCCUACCUGGUGCCCCCCCCCUGGGGCCCCUGCCGGGCCCCUUAAGUGGUGCCACCAGCUGAUUUAACCUGAGCAUAUCAGCCAUGUUUGAUGUUUAAACGAUAGAACGUGUUUAAAUAAUGGAUUCGGGUUAAUUAGAUACAUAUUUAUCGCUUAAAUACAUGCUUAUCGAAUAAUCAACAUUUGUAUGCAUGAUGUAUUCAUAGUUAUUCAUAUCGGAUACAUCCUUGUUUUUUAGCUUUCUUUCCCGCUCUGCUUUGUGUGUAUUGUUAGGCCUUUGUUUAAGGGUAGGAGAUGAGUGUGACUAAGGGCUUUACUUUGGUUAUGGGUAGGAGAUGAGUGUGACUAAGGGCUUUACUUUGGUUAUGGGUAGGAGAUGAGUUGGAAUAACUGUCCUACUUUGGUUAAGGGUUUGAGAUGAGUUGGAAAAAGGGUUUUACUGCUCAUUCCUAACCCUUAGCAUUUCUUUGGUGCGAGAUUGGAAUGAUGAUUUAUUUUAGACAGGGUUAGAGUUACAUAUAUAGAGAUUAGCCUUGUAUGGGGUUAGGAUUAAGCAUUGGGAUUGAGGAUUAAAUGUUACCUGGUAGUAUUUUUACAUGGAUCAGUGGAUCAAUUGUAAAGUGUUACUGCAGUGAUCGGUAGGGUCUUUAUAUCCCCUGUUGUGAAUCAUCUAUACCAUCCGUAAAUAACCAAGAAAUGUUUUGAAUGUUGAUGUGGAAGGAAAGUAAGGUACCAAGAAAACAAAUGAAAGAAACGUAAACCAGUAGAUUGACGUGGAUAAAGCGAUAGCCUAGUGCUACAUAUGUACACCAAAGGUCAAUACCUUCAGAACAGUUUUGCGAUUAGUUGAGGUCACUUAUUCAAGGAUCACAGAUGCCUUCCACCUAAGUCUAGUGUAGCGUAAUAUGGUGGCUCUCCGUGGUGGAUCGGCCUCUGGUCUCCACAGGAGCUUCUGAAGCAAGGUGCUGUUUCACUACACGGCAGUUGAACUGUAUACAACGGAAACAAUAUGCUUAGUCCGGACGUUAGCAAGUAGCAACGUCCUCAGUGGCCUUGCAGAGUUUCAACUCAAACAUUUUCUACAUGAAGUCGCCUUGAUGAGGUCAAACGGUUGGCUCAUUCUCCUUUUGAAUCUUCAUUCUAACUUUUUUCUCAUCUCAACGCUGAUAGCCAAACUCACAAGACAAUGCAAUACCUCAUAGUUUUACUGGGGUUGUUUUUUGGCCUGAGAUUCAUCAUGGCUUGGUUUAACAAUGUUAAAUAAAUUGCCAGAAUCGAAGUGCUCAAAUAACAGAAGUAGAAGGCAGAACAUCUGUUGGAUCUGGAGUGGAUAGCAGAUAGCUGGAACUGGACUGGAUAUGUUACACAUCAAUAAAGUUGUGAAGUGUAAUAUUUCAAAUAGCUUCUAGCGUGAAAUUAACUGGACACAUCUAUAUUCGAUGCAACAGUCAGAGAUUGAAAUAUUGUCCUAUAACUGAUAUAUUCUAUCAAUAAAAAGGAUGUCCUCUCUC